AUGUUUAUUUAUAUGAGUAAAAAGAUUGCGAUUCCAAAACAAUCAAACGUAACAUGUUUGUCUUGGAAUCACUCUUCCGGAUACAUUGCUGUGGGUGGCGAGGAUGGAAUGCUAAAAGUAUUGAAACUAGAAUCAGGAGGUGGUGGCAAUUUAUCAAUGAAUUUAAGUUUAGAAGGACACACAGGACAAGUUUGUGUCGCUGUUUGGAAUGAAAUCUUUCAAAAACUUACUACAAGUGAUGAACAUGGUGUUAUUAUUGUUUGGAUGUUGUAUAAGGGUUCUUGGUAUGAAGAAAUGAUAAACAACAGAAAUAAGUCUACUGUGAGUGGAAUGGCUUGGGGAUCUGAUGGACAAAAAAUAUGUAUAGCCUAUGAAGAUGGAGCAGUCAUUGUAGGCUCAGUGGAUGGUUCUAGGGUUUGGGGUAAAGACAUCAAGGGUCCUGGUUUAAAGUGUGUACAGUGGUCACCUGAUAACUCCACAUUACUUUUUGCUUUGUCAAAUGGUGAAUUACAUCUUUAUGAUGACCAGGGAAAUUUUAUUAUGCCCAUAGCCAGUAAUAAUGUAUCUAGUGGAAUGGAAAUAGUGUCAAUGGAUUGGUUUUCUGGAAAGGCUCCGAUCUCGCGCCCUGUUCUAGCAAUAUGCUUUAAAAGCGGUCUGAUGCUAUUGAUGAAGACAUGUACGGAAGAAGAGAGUGUGAUGGUUGAAACUAAUAUGAAAAUAUUGCAAUGUUGCUGGAAUCACAAUGGUACUGUGCUAGCGGUAGCUGGCCUAACGCAGGAACAGGCGAAUGUUGUUCAGUUCUUCAGUGGGUAUGGUGAACACGUAAGAACUUUAAGAGUUCCCGGAGGCUCUAUGCGUUCUCUUUCUUGGGAACAGCAUUCCCUCAGACUGGCGAUAGCGGUUGACUCAUUCAUAUAUUUCGCCAAUGUCAAACCAGAUCACAAAUACGCCUUCUAUGGAAGCACUCUAGCUUUUGUAUCGGGGACUGAAACUGUUACAUUCUGGGAUACUAUUACUCAUCAGUCAUGGAUCAAUCAUAUCCCCAACGUGAUUGACAUGUGCGGUGUACACGAGUAUUGUAUUAUAUCAACGAUCGACUCGUUAAUAAUAUUAAACCAACAAGGAAUUCAAUGCGAUGCGAAAACAGUCGCAAUUCCAAUGUCAUAUGUAUCAAUCAAUAGCAAAGCUAUCGCAGUUGCGUCAUCCAAGGAUACAUUUCUUAUUUGGAAAUUUUCUACGCCGACUAGACCUCGAAUAACAGAACAAUUGUACCACGCAGAUGGUUCUUUAGUGGUACAAGGAGAAUCAGGUUUCCAUGACGACACAAUAUGUUGUAUCACAUGCUCUGAUACACAUUUGCUUGUUGGACGAGAUUCGGGGACAGUGUUACUCUUCUCUCUUGUUAACUUUAAGAAAAUCACGCAAAUAAAUAUGAACACUAAGCCGUAUAAGUUGGGGUUGAAUUGCAAUUCUAGUAAAUUCUUCGUAAUAGAUCAACCGGGAAACCUCUAUAUCUUAGAGACAGAAAUGGCCAAUAAUAUUAGUAUGGGACAGGCUGUGCGGAAGGACGCUUGGGGGCACUUUGGGCUGCUGAUAACCCUCGAUUACUUGCGGUGGCAGAGAAGGCCAGAUUGUAUGGUUUGCCACGCAAACGCUAAAAAAAAAUAUCAUAAUCAAACAGACGGUCGCGAUUUAGCGAUCGCUUUAAGGAAGCGAUUGGGACAUUGGUUUAGAGUGGUGGAGUUGUUAAAGAUGUCUGUCACGACAACCGAGUCUCAGGUGAAGCAAGCCUACAGUAAUAUAGGGGACUACUACAUAGAUAGGCAGAAUUGGGCAGGUGCAAUAGAAUACUAUACAAUGUCGAACAAUACAGAGGGGUUGAAAAAAUGUUACUUGGCGUUAGAGGACAGCGCGGCGCUCGCUAAACUCACUUCGCCUAGAAACAUUAAGGUAGACGUUACAGGAAAACAAAUAACCUCGGAAGAGAAAGUUGAAAUAAAUCAAAAGCCGUCAAUUACACGGAUAACGCAGUUGAAGGAAAGUGGUAAAAUGUUGCAGGGGGCAACUAUGGCCUAUCAGUUGGCGAACCUCGAGGCUUCGAAAAAUCGUUCACCAUGGAGAAUAAAAAAGUUGUAUGUUCUAGCCGGACACAUGUAUAGCCAGGCAUCUAUUGAGGGUUCCAAAAGCCGCGACGCGAUACGUUCGUACAGAGCUGCGCAGGCGCAGCAAUGGGCUUGUUUAGCGAUAUCCCGCGCACGCGCAGUUCCAUUCCGAUCUGAUAUAGCUCUACGCGCGGCUGCCCGACUUGCCGCUGUAUUGGACGACUUACACGAAGCUCAGCAUUUACAGGCAUGGUGUACUAUCGCGGCGAUAGCUUUACAAGCCAGAGCAUUUGAAUUGUGUUCAAAGGCAUUUAUCAAACUGGAAGCUAUUGAACCUAAUACUUUUGAAAACCUGGCCAUAGAAAUAUUCACAAAAUGCAAACCAAAAGACGCAAAAGGCAAUAAAAUAGAUUGUCCCAAUUGCCAUUUUGCUAUGCUAGAUUGGAUGGUUUCGUGUCCUGGAUGUAACACAGAAUUCCCAGGAUGUGUUGUGACUGGACGGACACUAAUUGCACUUAAUACAGUGUGGACAUGUUCAAAAUGCACCUCCCAAGUACAACAACAUGAACUAGUACUACGGCAUUCUUGCCCAACUUGCCACUCUCCAUUAACAUAA